AUGGAUUCAUUGUCACUCAACAGAGCAGCUCUCGAUGAGUUCGUCACUACCCGAGUCACUCGGGAAAUGGUGGCACACCUGGCUCAACAGGCAGCCCAGGUCAUCCGAUGUGAGGCGCAUGUGACCAACACCGUCAACCAGAACGGCCAACCUACACCACCAUCCACCCCUCCAAUGGACCACUCAGAUCUCCCUGCCCUCCCCUCAAUCGAGGCCUUCAUCGCGUCACUCGUCGCUCGGUCGCAGGUGCAGGUGCCCACUCUGAUGAGCUGUCUCGUCUACCUCGGUCGUCUUCGCUCCCGUCUGCCCCCAGUCGCAAAGGGUAUGCGCUGCACUGUCCACCGCAUCUUCCUCGCCUCACUCAUCCUGGCUGCAAAGAACCUAAAUGACUCCAGCCCCAAGAACAAACAUUGGGCCCGUUACACCGCAGUGAAGGGAUUCGAAGGAUUCGGCUUCUCUCUCCCCGAGGUCAACCUCAUGGAACGCCAGCUCCUCUUCCUGCUUGAUUGGGAUCUGCGCAUCACCGAACAGGACCUCUUCACCUAUCUUGAGCCCUUCCUCGUUCCCCACCGCCAGCGUCUCAUUGCCCAAGAGCAAGAGCGCAUAGCCGAAGAGGAACACCGCCACAAACAACAACAACACCGCGAAUGGCGCCGUCUCCACGCAUCAGCGGAUCUGCUGGCCAGCCGCCUCCGCCGCCAAAAGCUCGAAGCCCGCGGUGAGACCCGUCGAAACGACAACUCCCUCCGCCGUCUUCCUAGUCACGUCUCCUGCCCAACCAUGCACAACACCCACUACGCACAGAAUGUCGAACACGAGCGCUACAACCCCUACCAGCGCCAGCGCGCAUCCCCCAGCCGAAUCAACCGCUCUGUCUCCCCACCAUCCGUACGCGACGUGCCAGCGCUUUCCCACGCCGAGACAUUCAACUCUCUCUGCUCACGCUCGUCCAGCCUCGCCCCAAGCUCAAGAGGCACACCGGCCUCCAUCAGCACAGUUUCAUCCGGCGCAGAUGACCUCAUGGUCACGGACUCAAACCAGAGCCCGUCAUCCCUCUAUGGUUACGUGAACGUCCCCCAGCUCGAAUCUAAGAAGUCUUUCGAGCCUAUCCGCCAGCCAUCCAAGAAGCUGAAGACCAGCAACCACGCGCACAGCGGUGGCUUUGUGGCUCGCUUCCUGGCCUCUGCUACAGGCUCCUACAUGGGUGGUCGUCGGUCUCACUAA